AUGGCAGCCAAAACCUGGCUUAUUGUCGGUGCGUCUCGCGGCAUUGGCCUCGAAUUCGUGCGGCAGAUCCUGGCGCGCGGUGACCGAGUCAUCGCCACUGUGCGCGGCCAUGGGAGCGCAUUGGAGGCGAUUGUUCAUGAUGCCCCCGACCGAGCAACCAUUUUGAUGUGCGAUGUGUCCCAUGAGCAAGGUAUCAAUAUAUUCAUCAACCAAUUUGUCCAAACUGGCGAGCGGAGAAUCGACUAUGCCGUGGUUAAUGCUGGAAUACUGGAGUAUCCAAACCAUGCACUUGAAAUGACCUUUGACAAAUUCUCCCAUCACUUACUCGCCAAUACAGUCGGACCCAUCAUAGUAGCCCAGAAGCUGCUGCAGAUAGCCGAUGUUAUGAUUGGAACCGUCGCAUUCAUGUCAAGUGACUCCGGCUCCACGCAGCGGUUCUUGUCCUUUGAAGACGGAUUUGCUGCAUACGGAGCAUCUAAAGCAGCUCUCAAUCAGGCUCUACGUCACAUGGCUGAGGAGCUCAAGCGCAAGGGGCGCGAUAAUAUCAUUCUAGCCCUCCAUCCCGGAGAGGUUGCGACUGACAUGGGAAAGAUCGAGAUAUCAUGGGAUCUAGAUGGAGGCCAAAUUAGUGCCCAAGAGUCCGUUUCUGCUAUGAUCAGUGUGAUUCAGAGUAAGACUAUUGAACAGAGUGGCACAUUCUGGACUUGGGAAAACGAGCAAUACCCAUGGUGA